CUUCCGGGAUGUAGGGGGUGAGCAAAAUGACAGCUGGUUGUUUUCAUCAACAAGGGAAUUUCAAAGUAGACGCUAAAGGUGUAUACUGUAAGAACACCACUUAAUACGAAUCACCAAGAGUUACACAUGAGAUCGGGUGUCAUGUGGUGAACGUUUUCCAAGUCCUCCCUUCUCUGGUCUGUACGGACCAAAACCAAAUCCAGACAAGUGACCAAAGAGGGACACGCAUUUCUUCCAGGGACGUCUGUCAGCCCUAUCAGCCACUCUGGAGCCAUCAGCACAGAAACAGAAGACAGUGAGCCGUGGUAGUGGUCAAAUCAAGGGAAAAGUCUCUUCAGCUGAGGGGGAGGCUGUUCAGCGGGACGGAGCCAUGGAGCCACCGGAGGAUAAAGAUGGCCGUACAUUUGUGGAGGUGAUGAGUGAAAAGUACAGCCCAGAGAACUUCCCAUACCGCAGAGGACCUGGUAUGGGGGUGGUGGUUGUGCCCACCGCAGGUCCUCAAGGUUCCCCUAUGAAAGACCGUCUGAACCUGCCCAAUGUGCUCGUGUUGAAUAGCUGUGGGAUCAGCAGGGCAGGAGACCAGGCUGAGAUUGCUGCCUUCUGUUCCCAUGUCAUGGAGCUGGACUUGUCCCAUAACAGGCUGCAGGACUGGCAUGAGAUCAGUAAAAUUGUUUCCAACAUCCCUAACCUGGAUUUCCUGAACCUAAGCUCCAACCCCCUGGCAGGAAUGACCCUCGAACCGCGGUGUGCCGAAGCCUUCUCCCGGGUCCGACGCCUCGUCCUCAACAACACUCAAGUGUCCUGGGAUACUGUGCUGCUGCUCACUCGGGAGAUACCUGAGCUGGAGGAGUUGUUCCUGUGCCUUAACGAGUACAGUAGUGUGAGUGCCUCCAGUGUGGCCUGCCCCACCCUGCGCCUGCUUCACAUCACCGACAACAGCCUCCAGGAGUGGGCCGAAGUCCGCAAGUUUGGUUCCAUGUUCCCAGGCCUGGACACUCUGGUUAUGGCCAACAACAACUUGGCAUCCAUUCAGGACAACAAAGAUAUCCUGCAACGGCUUUUCCCCAACCUACGCAGCAUUAACCUGCACAACUCAGGUCUAAGCCGAUGGGAAGACAUUGAGAAGUUGAACUUCUUCCCCAAGCUGGAGGAGGUGCGACUGCAGGGCAUUCCCUUAUUGCAGGCCUACACCAAUGCAGAGCGACGCAGCCUCAUGAUAGCACAGCUUCCGGCAAUAUCAAUUCUAAAUGGCAGCGUUGUGACUGAUAGUGAGAGAGAAGACGCAGAGAGGUUCUUCAUCCGUUACUACUUACACUACCCUGAGGAAGAGCUGCCUUACAGAUAUCAUUCCCUGGUAACCAAGUAUGGGAAGCUGGAACCACUUGCCGAGAUUGACCUCCGACCUCGCUGCCGUGCUCGGGUGGAGGUUCACUGUGAAGAAAAAGUGGAACAGGUGAGGAUACGCUUGGACCAGACAGUGGGCGAGCUGAAGAAGCAGCUGACAACAGUGGUCCAGCUAUCCACCAACAGCAUGAGGCUCUACUACAUCGACAAGUGUAGCGCCUUUGGUCCCGAGGAAAUGAAGUACAACACUCGGGCUCUCCACUCCUACAGCAUCCAAGACGGUGAUGAAAUACUGGUGGUACCCAAGACCAAAUGAACAGCGGUUAUCAAACUGGCUGAUUAGAGUGACUCCUUGAUUGAUUGAUUCAUUGGAUUAUUUGUUUAUUGGUUAACUGACAUUGCAAUAUUAUUGGAAAACGCAUAUGGAACAGUAUCAGCUGCCAAAUUGUUGGAAUGGAAAGAAAGUAAAACAAAAAAAGAUAAAAGUGAUAUGAACACCAUCAUGGAGACUGUACAGUGGACUACAGUGGGCUGCUGGCAGGCUCUGGCUGGAGAAGCAGCCAAUACGGAAAGUAUUGUGUCUUUACGUAUUUCAGCUUUAUAUGAGGGCAUCCACUGGAGUUAGUGCACAAAUCUGUCACAGCAGAGAACAGGACGAGAGAGCAACUUGCAGUCAGCUAGCAGCUUAGGCGGAGGGGAGGGCGCUGUUGUACCAGCAAAGCUUCACUGCAGCUCUGUCUCUUAGUACACGGCAUGUACCAUAGCACCUGCAUAGGCAAGCAUCCAACACCACUGGCUUGCCCACUUUUUGCAAAAGCUACCCUGAUUAGCUGUGAGGCAGUGUUGCUGGAUGGAGGGAGACUGCUGUGUUCAUCUGCACUGUUACUGUUAGCACAAUAUCAGGAAGAGCAGUGUCCGUUAGAGGAAAAGCCCUGCCUAAAGUACUGCUAAAGGUGUAGAUUGGACAAAACUAGCGAUUUUGGGUCCAUUUUGUUGAUAGUUGGUGUUUUUGUUUUUAUUUCUGCGGAUAAUUGGCAACAUUAGAAGACGCUACAUCAGAUUUAGAAUGUGUGGCAAAAUACCAACAGAGUCAAAGAGCAAGGGAUUCAACAAUCGGUUUACCAUAGAACGAGCUGAUUUUAAAUCUUUAUAGGUCCCACUGAGAGAUGUUUUAAGACAUAUAAAAAUGCUUUGCUUUAAAUAACAACAUGUCUGAAAAUAAUUGUCUUAAAAUGAUAUCUACUGCUUCUCCCUCAUUGAAAAAUCCAGAAUUUAUGAAUAUUGUUCACUCUAAACUGGAUACAAAAUGUCCACUCUCAGUGUAUGUGUGCUGGAGGCUUCAAGUUUCCAUAUUACACUUGUGUAAAUUGCAUACUGCACCAUGAUUGGCCUCCAAACUACUUGUGCUGUCACAAAAUCUUCUUGUGUGUGCAAUUGUUAAACUGAGAUUUAAGGUGAGCCCUGAGAAACUGGGUCCCCUUCAGCAGAUGAAUAUGUAAACAGUUUUCUAGUGUCAAACUCUGCACAGUGAAGUCCAAACAUCUAAGUGAAGUAACAAUAAGCAAAAUUCAUUUUUUGAGUAAGGGGGGGACUUUAAAUGAAAAAAAAUACCACCUUAUCACAUAAUAGCUUCAGGAGUGAGGUGAUCAUGAAUUGAUGGUAUCUAAUAGUAUGGAGACUAUCUAAAGGUUGAUGUUUUCUUUAUCACUGAGCAAGCUCUAAUGUUACUGGGUUUCUUAUCACAAAACACAUACUGUAUGCACACAUGUAUACACUCACACAUACCCACAAAGGUUACCACAAAGCAGCUAUUGUGUCAUGUUAUGUGCUGCCCCCUACAGGCUUCAUCUGUGUCUUAGAUUAAAAUUGUGCUCCGCUGCUCCAGUAACCUCACCUGAUGAGGUCUUUGUGAGGGAAGGAGUGACACACACACCAGGGUACCUAAAAGACAAUCUCUCAGUGCAUGUUUUGCAUAGGAGCAGUAUAAAGGCAUAUUGUCAACAUUUGAAAUAUCGUUGUUUAUAUUCAGACUAUCUUACUUGAAGACAUUCUGGGGAGCAAAAGAGUUUUGUGAGUUAUUCAUUAACUUGUGUGUGUUUCUAGCCAUUUUAAUGAAAUAUGGUAGCAACAUGGUCUCAGCAGUUCCCCUACUUUUGCGCACAUGGUGAUGUAAUUUUACAUUUUUUGACGUUAUCGGUUUCAGAUUAUUAUAUAUGCAUUUAAGAGGAUAGUGUCCCAUAUUUUCAGUGCUUAUGUAAUUCUUAUGUCAGUUGCAUCAUUGCAUGAUUUCUUUAAUUGUUUUAUGGACAUUUAAAUGCUUGAUCAGUGUUCUUUCUUUGCAGUUUAAUUUAUACAUUUUUUUUAAGUAUAAUGAGUAAGUUUAAUUUAAGUUUAAUGAGAUGAUGCAUUCAUGUGCAUCUUUAAAGGGGCUUGAGACUUCAAACUUUUACCAGACAGGUAAAAGGGACCAUGGAAUAAUUUAUUAAAGAUACAGUUAUAUAUGCUAUCCAGAUGCAUUUUGGGAAUGUGGUAACCAGUGUUUUUUUUUUUAAUUUGACUCAUACUAGGGACUAAAAGUUAUUUCUUCGACUCUGCUGCUUAUAUU